AUGCCACCACCUACAACUGAACAUUGGAUAAAAGCAGCAAAAGCUUUUGAAGAACUGUGGAACUUUCCGAAUUGUCUUGGCGCGAUUGACGGAAAACAUAUAUCAAUACAAUACCCUCCUAAUGCUGGUUCAGAAUAUUAUAAUUAUAAGGGAUUUCAUUCUAUUGUACUUCAAGCUGUCGUUGAUGCUAAUGCUAAAUUCAUAGCUUCAAAAAAAAUUGAUCCUCAAAUUAACGACGAGUUUCCGUUUGUAUUUGUUGGGGACGAAGCAUAUCAUUUGCAAACAAACUUAAUGAGACCUUUUCCAAGAAGAAAUUUAACUAAUGAAAAAAGAAUUUUUAAUUAUCGUUUAUCGAGAGCCAGAAGAAUAGUAGAAUGUGCAUUUGGGAUUCUUGUGAAACGAUUUAAUGUUCUAGAAAAUAAAAUGUUAGUUUUUCCUGAAAAAGCUACUAUUAUCACAAAGGCGUGUUGUAUUUUACAUAACAUAAUAAUGGAUAAAGAAGGGGCUCCAUCUGAAAUCCAAGAUGAACUUCAACUUCAAACAACCCAAAAGGUUGUUCAAAGCCAAAUUACAUCAAGACCAAUUAAUAGGGCAUCUACUGCAGCAAUGGAUAUCCGAGAGAAGUUCAUGAAUUAUUUCAAUUCAGACAUUGGUGCAGUUCCAUGGCAAAAUAUGUACAAUUUAUAA